CAUUAUAAAGGGAAAUCACUCUAAAUUCAAAAUGGUAGGAUGAAAUCAUUUUCGCCACGAAUCUGUGUAGAAAAUCGUUAAAACUAUUUUUUGUGAAUGGCUUGGAAUUGACUUCUUCUCAAAAUUAUGUACUUUGGUUAAUCUGUAAAUGAAAAUAUCCAUAUUUGGUCAAUCCACGUGAAAAUAAUGGGAGCAGAAAGCAGUAUAUUGAGCGAUUGUGAUUGGGGCGAUAAAUUUCCAUUGACAAAUUCUCACGGCGACUGGACACUUCAGCAAGCAAUAACACAGACGGGUUUAGCUGUUUCUGUCUUUCAACAUACGCGGAAGGACAGAAAGGAAAUAGAUAUACUCAAAAAAGCUGCAAAACAUCUAAAAACAUUACGACAUCCAUCAAUAUUAAGAUUUAUAGCAUCAGGUGAAAGUUCAGAAGGAUCAUAUUUAGUAACAGAAGAAGUUUUACCUCUAGAAAGUGUACUAAAACAAUUAACACCAAUAGAGAUAUCUUCAGGAAUUUCUGAAAUUUUAGAUGCUUUGGUAUUUUUACAUGAUAAGGUUGGUAUAUGCCAUAAUAAUAUAUGUAUGUCAUCAAUUUAUGUCCUACAAGAUGGAAGUUGGAAAUUAGGAGGACUAGAACAUUGUUGUAAAUUUGAAGAGGCAACAGUUCAGUUUCUAGAGAGAUGUCGAGCGUUUAGAAAUGAAGAGUCUAUUUCGCCUGAAGAAAAGGCUGGUAAAACAGAUAAUACACUAGAUUUUGGACAUGUACGAGAUGUGUUCUCAUUUGGUGUUUUUAUAGAAGAAUUGUUUGAAAAGGGAGACAAUUUAAGUGAGGUAGAAGAAGAUUUUGAACAAAGAAUUCAUCAUGAAUGUUUACAUAUAGAAGCCAAGGAAAGACCCAAACUAAACACAUUCCUCAAUGAUCCAUUGUUCAACAAUGAUUUAAUAAAGAUUAUAAAGUUUUUGAAAAAUAUCACACUGAAAACACAAAAUGAAAGAAAAGAAUUUUUUAGUUCCUUGACGUCUAAAUUAUUAGCAUUACCAGAAGCUCUGGUUGCUAGACGAUUAACAGAAUUAUUAUUAUCAAGAUUUGUUUUGCUGGAUGAUCAAGCUAAUAAAUUUCUUAUUUCUAAUCUUUUAACGCCAUCAAAAAAUAAUGAAAGAUCGACAUCAGUAAAAGCAGGAAAAGUUACUCCCAUAUUUACUCGUAAAAUAUUUCAACAGCACGUCAUUCCAUUAUUAACAAAAAUAUUCUACAUUCGUGAAAAACAUAUCCGUUUGGUUUUACUCCGGAAUUUCUCUUUCUAUGUCGAUAUAUUUGAACCUGACGUUAUUCACGAUAAGAUAUUUCCUCAUUUGUUACUAGGGUUACGUGAUAGUGAUGAUAUGAUUGUGGCUGCUAGUUUACGAGCGUUAGCCGAUGUUGUACCGAUACUGGGAGGAGAUAAAGUGAUUGGUGGAAGUAGAAAACAAUUUUUAUCUCAGGGACUUCCUAAUUUUAAUAAUAAGACAUAUGUUGAAGAAUUAAAGAUUAAAACCAAGAAUGUAGAGGAUGUUAUUGGGAAAAAAAUAUUACUGAAAGAUUUAGCAGGAAUGGGAACCAGAAAUUCUGCAGAAGAUGAUAAAAGGCAAAAACAGUUGGAAAGAGAGAAAAGACGAGAAGCUGCCCGAAUAAAACGUGAAGUAAAGAAAAAACGACUGGCAGAAGAAAUGGAAACAAUAAAUGGGGAAAUGACUAGAUCAGAAAUAAGGAAAUCUUCUGAUGAAAUCACGGAAAUAAAUUCUAAUUCUUUAUUGCUCAAUGGCUACAAUUCCACUUCAUCGCUACAGUUUAAGGAUAUCCAAUUGUAUGUGGAGGAAGAUAGAGCAGCUGAUUGGUCAGAUUGGGAAAAUCCAGACACCAAUGAUCUUGAGAAAGAUAACCAUGGUAUCGACUCUGACAGUGAUAGUAAUUUUUCAGAAAGUGUAAUAAGUAAUGAAAUUGAAAAUCAACUAAUGAAAAUGCCAACGACAAUCUCAAAGCCUCAGAAAAGUCUUGAAAUUUUAGCCAACAAUUCUAAAGUUGACAAAAUUAAUUCCAAAAAUUCAAAAUUAAAGAAGUCUCCUCUUCAGUUGAAGAAAAAUAAAGGUGAUGUGAGUUUUAAACAGUCGGAUGUUAAAACUAAAGAUUCAGAUAUUUCAUAUCUCGAGAAAGACUGGGGCGUUGGUUCAUUCCUUGUAGAAACUGCACAAAAUGGUAAUCAUUUGACAAAAACUGACCAAUCACAGAUUUUGACAGAUAGUCGACGCAGCUCAACAAGCAACAGUAGUUCUAACAGUCGCAAUCUUCCAAAAACGUCUUUUAAUUUAGGAGAAGAGUUCGAAAUUAAACCGGUGAAAAUCAAAGUCAGUGAUAGUUUUGAUUUUUUUGCCGACAUGGUACCACAAAUACAAACCAAAAACAAAGACCCCCUUCUGUUACUGCAGACACUAUCAGUAGAUGGUCAAGAACAGAAAACAACAGCAGCUUUGAAUAUAUCAACCAAAUCCCUUGAACAUUGUCCAAAAAGUCUGAAAUCUGCAGACGAACCAUCUCCUUCUGUUAAAGAUAAUAAAUUCACCAUGGUUACUGCUAAUAAUACAGCUGAUCAGGGUGAUGGAGGAGAUGGCUGGGGAAAUGAAGAUAUCGAUUGGGGUAAUGAAGAUUUCUGAAUAAUCCAACAAUCUCUGUGAUAUAAAGGAAGAAGAAAAUAGUUCUUGGGGUCAGUAGAAUAGGAGCUGAUAAAUUAUAAUAACUCACAGUUUAGUGCUUUUAAGAAAUUCUUGUAACUCACAAUUUAGUUGUACUUUUAAAGUAGCUAAGUCUCUAACUCAAUAUCAUCCAAGUCUUACACGUUGAAAACAAUUAUUUGUCAAUUCAAAUCAACAUUGAUGUUUUUAUCUUACCGGGAAAAGGUAGGCUUCUGAUAUCCAAUAAGACAAAAUAUACAUUUUACCAUUGGUACACGAAUCGUGUACCAUAGUGCGUUUCAUCGUCAUUUGUAAAAAGUGACCAGAAAGAGUGAGGCUAAACAUAUUCCACAACUCAUGUCAAACGGUGACGCCAUAACUUAUCUGGAGAGCAUGCGCAAUUGACUGGAAUAACCAGACGCUAGAAAUUUCUAUUCGGUCGAGACUCAUGCCGUAUUUCGCUGGACCUAACUGAUUUGAUAUUAGAGUCAAAACGGAAACAAUUGAAUGCAAAUCAGUUCAUAUACAAUCAGAUUACAUUAUUAUAUGCGUUGCAACCCAUUUGCGUCAAUUUCUAGGUCCUACAUAUUAGCGAUUUAGCUCCUUUAAACUUAAAACUUUAUUCUGAGCGACGUUAUCGCUGUUUGUGAAGUUUUGACUUAGAUUGUUUAUUAUCGCAGCAAUGUUACUUGUUAUUCAAGAUUAUUAAAUGGCAGUCGUUUUUUAAUCUGUUUACAUCUGCGCCAUCCGAUGAUCUAGAGAGUUGAUUAUAGGUGCGCCAUGUGAAUAAAUGUCUAAAUGAUAAUUUAUAUAUCAUUUUAGGCCAAAGUAAAACACUGUAAUAGGCAAAUUUAGCUCUUACAUAGUGUCAUCUAUUUUGUGAUUGAGGCUCACUGUUGGCUUGUUUCAUAAAUAAUAUAAUAUAAGGGAGAUAAUUAAGUUUCCUAUUUAUUUAAUUAUGUGUGAUAUCGGCUUGCUGAUGAGUUGAUGUGUACAUGUAUAGGUUCACUCCCAUUUCGACUACACCACAUUUCGACUACAAAUAUUAUUACCCUCAAAAUCCUGACCCCCAACUAAUCAGCAUUGAACUGUUCCACUGAUUAAGAGAUGUAAUUAAUCUAAUGAUUAUUAUUAAAAUAGCUUAUUCAUUAUAUAUUAUAGCUUGUUUUCUUUAACAUCAAAGAAAAAAUAUCAACUUUAGAGUACAUUUUUGUUUUGAUAAAUAUUUAUAAUAUUUGGAGAUUACAUAGAGUUUAAUACUUGCUUAUCUAUAUAAGAUGAAUUGUUUACGAUAUUGUCUACGAUAUCACCUAUGGUGGAAUUAGACGUAAAACUCUAGAACGAACGAAACAAAUUUUGUACAUUUAUUCUUCAAGUUCACUAUCAUUCAGUCAAUUUUUUUUUUAUCUUAUUAGAAUUCCUUUAUAACAAAUAUUGUUUUAUGGAAGAAUCUAUUUUAGCUAUAGAGAGGGUAUAUAAGUAGGGAUACUAAACCAACCAGACCAUAUAAUCUGUUGUUAUAAGCUAUAGUUGAAAUGGGACUUGUUUUGUUUAUUAUAAAAAUAUGAUUGAGUUUAAUGACAGGAAUGAACAAACAGUGUAUGUUGUUAGAUUUAAUAAUAAAGGAAUAUUGUUAUUAU